AUGUCGCAGCGGAACCUCAUCAUCACAGCCCUCCUCGUUUCGAGCGCCUCGGCCAUCCUCGCCACCACCGCCAUGCUCGUCCACAAUCGACAGCGGCCCGAGCCCCUGCCGUCCUUGCUGCACAUGAGACCGCCACGAGAGAACCCCUGGCAGACGAGGCACCUGCCGCUUUAUUUCGAGUGCGAAUCGAGCGCGUGCCGCGCUACGGCCGAAGACCUGAGGAAGAACGUCGCCUGGUCCUUGGACCCGUGCGCCGAUUUCUACGAGUACGUGUGCUCCAGCGACCGCGCCAAGACUAACGUGUACGACAACGCCGUGUCGCACUACCUGCGCGAAGUGCGCGAAGUAAUUCGAAAGUACCAGAGUCUCGGCUUUUUCUCGAGGACCGCCGUGUCGAAGAAGGUGACACGUUUCUUCGCAACUUGCCAGUCCAGUUGGAUCGACCUGCCUUCCUGGAGGUCCCAGCUAGAGGACGUGUGGAUGUACCUGGAACUAUCUGGAGACCUGGCGGCCGUCGAAGGCAUGUUGGCCACGUUCUCGAGAGUCCUACAAACCUUCCCCGUCGUUCACGUUGGUGUGCUCGGGGCGUCACGCAAAACUUGCGUCGUCCUGUCCAGACCGGACGGGAACGGAGCUGACCGCAUCUUCCGCGUGCCCCACGCGUUUUCGAGGUACUUCCGAAGUUUCGCGGCGGACCUUCUCGGGCACAAAGGACAGAUAAGCGACGACGCCAGCGACCUCAUCAACUCUGCUGUCAUUAUGGAGUCGGAACUACAGAAGUACGCGGGACCACUUGGUGAGCAAUACCGCCACCUGCAGGAAUACGGGGACACUCCAGUCUCGGGGAUCGGUAACGGUAGUGCAGCCUUCGACUGGACGUCGUACCUGCGAAACCUCCUGACUGGGGCUGUUACCGUGAAGCCGGAGUCCUGCGUUGUUCUGAAGUCGCCGGCAUACGUGAGGCACCUAGUGAAAGUAUUCGCCAAAGUUACGAAGAAUGAUGUGCGCUCGUUCCUCAAACUAAGGGCUGCCAUGGCAUUGAUGCCAUUCCGUAAGCUGGCGGAGAACCCCGAGAAGGAAGACGUCGAGCAGCUUUGCACAUUGGCGACGUACAAACUAUACCGGUACGCCUUCUUAAAGGAGUUCAACGAAACGCAGCUUCUUCAAGUAUUCGUGAGCGCCGGCGAGAAAGAGGUCGUCGUCAAGAUGUCGUACAGGAAUAUCAUCGUGGAGGCCUUGCCUACAUCCAAGGGUAAGGCCAAGGUAGACGAGGCCAUGAAGAAGGCAAAGGCGAAAUACUUCCAGAUCAUGAAGGACGUCGACGGCUACUACGCCGCUGAUGCUACAAACCCCGGGAAAGAAAUCGUCCGCGGCUAUGUCCACGGCCUAGCAUCCAUGACACUGUCUUGGCUGCGUAUCGUGGUCACUUCCGGAGGCCAGAUUCAGGACAAUCAGCUUAACGUGCGCUGGGGAUUCGACCCGGACACGAACAAUCUUAUCGUUCCGGUCUCGAUAGGCCGGAUGAAGUUGAAGGGUGACAGAGAGUUCUUCCUGGAGUCCACGAGUCUGGGAGGCGCUAUGGUGCGAUUCCUCUACAAGGCAUUCCACGAGAGAGCGCUGUUCUCAUCGUCCGGCGGCUCGAGUGACAAGGACCGCAAGAACGAAACAGCGAUCUCUUGCCUCGAAAAACAGUACAGUUCAAAGACAAUGAACAAGACGAAGGUCAAAGGGCGUCGCGUCCUAAGGGCGGUGGCUGCCGACAACGCGGUCGUGCCGGUGUUGCACAGGGCCUUCAAGACCUCGCUGUACAUCCACAAGAUCGAGGUGAUCAACUACAAGAGGCUGGAGAUGUCACUGGCCAACCUUCCCGACGUGGACGCCGAUCAGCUGUUCUUCCUGAUGUACGGUCAGACCCUCUGCGAACCACACGAGGACACCGCCAAGGUUUUAGCAGAAGCGCCGUGGCCUCCGGCAAGGAUCAGGCUUAACACAGCACUGGCCAACUACCCCGAAUUCGCCAAAGCGUUCAAAUGCAGGAACAAAACCGCCAUGAACCCUAAAAAGCGCUGCUCCGUUUUUGACUUCGACUGA